UGCUGACGGUGAACGACUGUGACGGGCCGUGCUGACGGUGAACGACUGUGACGGGCCGUGCUGACGGUGGACGACUGUGACGGCCAGUGCUGCGGGCUGGAGCUGAAACGGUCGGCGCUGAAGACCAGGCGUUGUGACGGACAACGCUGGACGCCGGUUGCGGCGUGGGUGAAGACGGAAGCAGCGGUGACGUGAUGACCGUCGCGUGACCGACUGGACUGUGCGCGGAUUUUCGUCAGCGUGAGAGUUUCUCCGGAGCGGAGGCAGGAGCUUCGACCGUCGCCCAGUUCUAAACGCACGAGGUCUCAGUGGUCGCGGCAGGCGACGUCGGGCGGCGCCGCCGAGAAGUUACAGCAAACAUUUAGUAUGGAUCUGCGUCGGAGCCGCAGGCCCGACUGAGCGGCCUCCGAGCCUCCGCCGGGCGGACUGAGCGGACUGCGGACCUCCGCCGGGCAGACUCAGCGGACUGCGGACCUCCGGACCUCCGCCAGGCGGACUGACAAACUGCGAGCCUCCACCGGACGGAUUGAGCGGACUGCGGGCCUCCGCCGGGUGGACUGAGCGGACAGCGAGCUUCCGCCGGGCGGACUGAGCAGACUGCGGACUUUCCAAUCUCCGCCGGGCGGAGUGAGAGCGUGCGGAAUGCGGACGGUGUGGCGGCGGCCGCUGCUGGCCGGCUGGGCGUGCUGGGUGUCCCUACUGAUCAGCCCUCCGCCGCUGACCUCGGCCGCGCCAGGUGUCGUCCCGCCGCCGUCCGUCGCCCAGCUGACUUCGAGGCUCGAGUUCGACGCCGAACACUCGCCCAACGUUACGGCACGCGUGAACGGCACGGCGAUCCUCAGCUGUCGGAUCCGCGGCGUGAGCUCCCGACAGGUGGUGUCCUGGGGUCGGACGUACGAAGUGCUCGUCAGCGGCCAGGUGGUGUUCGCCAGCGACGGCCGAUUCCAGCCGCUGCAUCAGGAGUACAGCGAGGAUUGGGGCCUGCGGGUGACAUCUGUGCGGCCCUCUGACGCCGGCUGGUACCACUGCCAAGUGGGCACCACACCUCCAGUCUUACACCACGUCUACCUGAACGUGGUCGACCCCAAAGUGGAGAUCGUCGGUGGUCCCGAGCUCUUCAUUAAUAGGGGAAGCACGGCUAACCUCACGUGCAUCAUCCGGAAUGCGCACAGAGUUCCAGACAAUGUCCGGUGGACGCAUGACAAUAAGCUGGUGCAGUUUGACCGCGCUCGAGCGGGCGUCAAGGUCAGGACGUUCUACGAGCGAGACCGCACCGUCAGCUACUUCAGCAUAGAGAGGGCGUUACCCUCCGACUCUGGGGAGUACUUCUGUGACCCGGACGGUCUGGCCCAGGUCAAGGUGAUUCUUCACGUGCUCAACGGCGAGCACCCGGCCGCUAUGCAGACGGGCGGCGUGGGCCAGGCCGCGGCUCCGGCCUUGCUGCUGCUCUCCAUCGCCACCAACCUCUACACAGCUUGCUGCACCGCGUAGAGACGACCCGCCGGCGAUGUAGCGGCGCCCAGCGCAGACUGCAACGACGGCUUAACGCCCAGCGCAGGCCGCAGCGACGGUCCAGCGCCCUCCAUACCGUCCGAGCCGGCCUCGGCGCCCAGGCCGCCGUCUGUGGGCGUCCCGCCGUUUGCGAGAGGUCCGGCGGCCGGACCACCUUCUGCGCCAGGUUCUGCUCUGUCAUGCCGCGCUGGAGGGACGGCAGCUCAGGCUGUGCGCGGGCUGAUGCGAGCCUAGAGCCGGGACGGCGGCGGCCGACGCUGCUGCACCAGCGCUGGCUGUGGCCGCCGCCGGGGCAGUGGUGCUCUCUGCUUACGUGGUGAGUUAGUGCAGGAAGCUGGUGCAGGGGCAGCGGGACGAACCGCUACCCUUGGCGCGAGACCUGGGCUCUCCUACUGGAAGCGGGAGUGGACCACUGGCGCGGCGGCUAUAGGCGUUGGCUUGAAGAGCUGCUCGUUUGGAGGAGGCCACGGUGCGGUGCGCCUGCUCGGCGCGAGGGGACUCAGAUAGGCCGCCGCGAGACUGUCGGGUGCUCCACCGAGGAGUGGAGGGGAACUGCUCACCUCCUGACGCGGUCGAUGGGGUGAGACACUCUUCAAGCGCGCGAGACUGAAGGAAAGUCUUGGAGCACGUGGGGAAUUGGGUGGGGAUCACUCAAGCUGCGACAAUGAGUCGUCAGAUCGGCUGUAAUAGGUCGAAUGGUUUCUUGUUAGUCGUAAGUGAUCUCACGGAUGAAUGCUCCGUUGUGUUUACGUGGUCCAAGAUCGAAGUUUCUGUAUGUGUGUAUCCAGCUUGAGGGUGCAGACGGUGUCUGCAUUCCAGAGAUGUGCUGGACAUAAGUCUGACCAGUGUGCAAGAACAUGUUGUGUCUUUCCUUUCACCACGUAACUUUAAGAUCCGCAGGACUAUCAAGUGGUUUCAGUCAUCCAGUUUGCCGAGCAUCGAUGUUUUUCCUUUUUUGCAUUUCAUUUGCACUUUGAGAAUAAUGCUCAUUAUUGAGAAGCUUUAUAAUUGUAUCUUUGAGCGAUGCCUCCUUCACAAACCACUUUUGGUGCAACUGUUUCUCUUCGCUGCAUUCAGGAUAGGCUGACUGCAAAACACGUCGCAUGUCUGUGAAUCGCUGUUCGGAGCCUUCAUCUGUUAAGCAAACAUUCAGUUUAUAUUUGUCCCGUCAUUGCAGGCAUCAUGCACUAUUAACUUGACCCCUUGUAACAUUGGUGGUCGCACAACAAACACAUAUUUUGUGGUAGGCUGGGAGUUGCUGCAUCCCUACAUGGCGCUUUCUUACGACAUUUGUUUUUUGUUGGAAAGAUAUGCCGGUGGAGUGCUAGUGGAACAUAAUCGGUGCGCGGUACAAACCAACAUAUAAUAUUGGAACUGUGUCAGCUUGAUCCAGGGCAGAUUGCCACAAAUAAAUGCACUUCAAAUGUG